AUCAAUACGGAAACACGCCGCUACACGAAGCAGCCGUUUCCGGUCAUUCGAAUAUGCUAAAAUCUCUGGUGGAAGAAUUCGCGCGGUUAGAGAAAUUUUCACACAGAGGCCAAAUCAACAAGGAGAAUAAUUCCGGCGAUACCCCACUUCACCUUGCUGUUCGGUUCGAUCAUCCGGAUAUAGUCAAGUUUCUAGUCCAGAAAGGGGCUGAUCAGACCAUCAGGAACAAACAGGGG